UUGCUCUGCUCACGCAAGAGUCUCCGUCAUACGCUCACAGCUAGCUCAAAAUGUCCAAGAAGAUUGUGAUCCGAGCUGACCUCAUCAGCAAGAAGUGCAUGGCCAAGAUCCUGUCAACUGUUGCCAAGCUCGAGGAGAUCAAGUCCAUUGACAUGGACCAGGAUAAAUGCACGUUGACGGUGGUAGGCACUGUCGACCCGGUGCGCGUCGUGCAGAAGCUCAGGAAGGCACGCUUUGCCGCGGAUGUCAUCAGCGUCGAGGACGACAAGCCAAAGGAGCCGGAGAAGAAGAAGGAUCCCUGCCAAGAAGCCUGCGAGAAGGCCUGCAGCUACAAUGAGGGGCCAUGGUACCAUUACGGCUACACGCCAGGCUGCUACUCCAGCCCUUACGCCCAACCCAGCAGCCAGUACUACGGCCACGGCUACGGCAUGCGACCACCGCCGCCGAUGGGAUAUGUGUGCUAUGAGGAGAUCUCACACGGAGGCGGACAAGAAUGUGUCAUUCAGUAGCCAUGGAUUCAUCUCAUCCUGCAAGUCUCUGCAUCCGCAUGUAUGGCGGUCUGCCU